UCUCUUACAUGUUCGCGUCAAUUUGUGCACAGAUUGCUGGAACCAGAUAUAUAAUUGAAACGAGUUCCGAUAAAUCAAAGUCGGAAAAUGGAAAUGUUCGCUUAGAGAUUUUAGUUUUGUGAAGUAAGUUUUCUCGUUUUCGUAGAUUUCUAAUCUCGAGGGAGCUCAGAAUCGAGCCUGAAAGCCAUGUACAGAGCUCUGUGGCUUUCUCCAUUGCGAUUUAUUCUGAGCUCGUCGUCGUCAAAGUUAAAGCCAUACGUAUAUCGAGGACAGGCACGAAGUAGAAUUUAUAAUGGGGAUGGUUGUUCUUGUUCUCGUAGUGUCACGACAUUGAUAGGUGAUGAUUUUUUUCGAUGCCAAGAUGAAUCUACUAGGAAGAUCUUACAAGUGCAGAUUUUUGAUGCCCUUCGAUCCGGAGAGAGGCCUGGAGCUUCAGCUCUGCUUUUAAAGUUCAUACAGGGGAAUUAUCCACUGGGUGCUGAUGAUUUUCAUGGUAUUCUAAGUUAUUGUGCGCGAUCACCGGAUCCUGUGUUUGUCAUGGAGACUUACAGUUUAAUGUGUAACAAGGAAAUCAGUCUGGACAGCAGAUCUUUGUUGUUCAUAGUACAAUCCCUUUGUAAUGGGGGACACUUGGAUAAGGCAUCAGAGUUUAUUCACGCUGUUGGAGAAGAUGAUAGUAUCUCUCCUGUUUUGCCCAUCUAUAACUAUUUUCUUGGAGCCUGUGCAAAAAUGAGAAGUGUAUAUCACGCUAGUAAAUGUUUGGAAUUGAUGGAUCAACGGAGGGUGGGGAAGAAUGAAAUAACAUAUGCAGCACUUCUCAAGCUUGCAGUUUUUCAGCACAAUCUAUCAGCCGUCAAUGAUAUCUGGAGACACUAUUUCGACCACUAUAGUCUCAAUAUACUCUCUCUCAGAAAAUUCGUAUGGUCCUAUACGAGGUUGGGGGAUUUGAAAUCAGCAUAUGAACUGUUGCAGUACAUGGUGGAUCUAGCUGUGAGACGAGAGCUCUAUGUCCAAUCCAACCAAGGAAAAUUGCGUUCCACGAGACUGGAUAUUCCUGUACCAUCAAAUGGUGAAACAGAAUCAGAAAAAGUUGCUUAUGGAGUAAAUGAUCACAUGGUUUCGCCGAGGGUGGAUGCUCAUGGAAAUAGCAUUGUGGACUGUAAUUUGUCUGGUGCACAGAGUAAUGAAAUUGAGUCUUCUAAUAUGGCUUUGCCGAAAGGUCAUAACAAUAUCCCUGCAACUAAGGUCCUCAGGUGGUCGUUCAAUGAUGUGAUUCAUGCAUGUGGACGAUCUAAAAACUCUGAUCUUGCGAAGCAGCUAAUGCUUCAGAUGCAAAAUCUUGGGUUGCUACCAUCAAGCCACACAUAUGAUGGUUUCAUUAGAGCUGUUGCAUUUCCAGGAGGAUAUGAAUAUGGCAUGUCACUGUUGAAAGUUAUGCAGCAGCAGAAUUUGAAACCAUAUGAUUCAACUCUUGCUACGGUCUCAGCUUAUUGCAGCAAAGCCUUUCAAGUUGAUUUAGCUGAACAUUUGCUGGAUCAAAUAUCUGAAUGCUCGUACGCAUAUCCUUUUAAUAACCUUCUUGCUGCAUAUGACUCCUUGGAUCAACCAGAGCGUGCUGUCCAAGUUUUGGCUAGAAUGAAACAGCUAAAACUGCGUCCAGAUAUGAGGACCUAUGAACUGCUCUUUUCAUUAUUUGGUAAUGUGAAUGCACCAUAUGAAGAGGGCAACAUGUUGUCUCAAGCAGACUGCUGUAAAAGGAUUAACGCUAUAGAAAUGGACAUGGUGAGAAAUGGUUUUCAGCACAGUUCUAUCUCAAGGCGGAAUGUGCUGAGAGCCCUAGGAGCUGAAGGUAUGGUGAAUGAGAUGAUCCGACACCUGCAAAAGGCUGAGAACCUCAGUGUUUACAGCAAAACGUAUCUAGGAACGCCUACAUACAACAUAGUGCUUCAUUCACUUCUCGAGGCAAGCGAAACUGAAAUGGUGAUCAAAAUAUUCAAACGUAUGAUAUCAUAUGGCUGUCCUGCAGACGCUGCUACCUACACUAUAAUGAUUGAUUGUUGCAGCAUUAUUAACUCUUAUAAAUCAGCCUGUGCCCUAGUUUCCAUGAUGAUCCGUGACGGGUUUACUCCAAAAGCUGUUACGUUUACUGCUCUGAUGAAGAUUUUGCUGAAUGAUGGGAAUUUCGAGGAGGCACUUAAUCUCCUGGACCAAGCUGCGUUGGAAGAGAUACAUCUUGAUGUCUUAUCAUUCAACACUAUUUUGCGUAAAGCAUUUGAGAAGGGAAUGAUUGAUGCGAUUGAGUACAUGGUGGAGCAAAUGCACCGAGAGAAAGUGAAUCCAGAUCCAACGACAUGCCAUUAUGUUUUCACUUGCUAUGUGGAAAAGGGGUAUCAUACAACAGCCAUAGAAGCUUUGAAUGUUCUGAGCUUAAGGAUGAUCAAAGAAGAAGACAAAGAGAAUCUCCAGGAGAAGAAAACAGAGCUUGAGGAAAAAUUCAUCAUGAACGAAGAUCCUGAAGCCGAAUUAAAGAUAAUGGAGCUGUUCAGAGACUCUGACGAGCAUCUUGCUGCAGCACUUCUGAAUCUAAGAUGGUGCGCGAUGCUUGGGUCCCGGAUUAUAUGGUCAGAAAACCAAAGCCCUUGGGCCAGAGGACUCUCCAUCAAGUAUGGUUAAGAAUGUGAACUGUUCAGUGUUCUUGAAGAAGAAGGGUUUUGGUUUCCUCCUCUUGGCUAUUAAUUCACUCUGCCAUUUCACGAAAGCUGCUUCGUUUUGGUUUUGUAUCAUUACAAACUGUUGAUUCUAAUUGCUGACAUUUGGAGGUCACCAAUCAACAAACGAGCGGUCGUUUUGAUGAGACGGAUCAACAAAGAUGGCUAGAAGCAUUUUUUAAAGCGGCUACAAACAAGGCGAACUGCGAAUCAUCAAUUGAGAUUGAGUUUUGUUAUUUUAUUUUAUAAUUAAUUUUGAAAAACUUUCUCUUAUAUUGUAUUAUCUUUUUUCUUAAUAAAUAACCAGAGAAAUUCUAAUUGCACCUGAAACUUCUCGGGA